AUGGCGUCUUCGACCCCUUCUUCGUCCGCAACCGCCUCGAACGCGGGAGCAGACCCUAAUACUACUAACCUGCGCCCCACAACGUAUGACACCUGGUGCGGCGUGGCCCAUGGAUGCACCAGAAAACUGGGGCUCAAGAUCUGCGGCUUCUUGCAAAGGACCAACAGCCUGGAAGAGAAGAGCCGGCUUGUGAGCGCCUUCAAGGAGAGGCAGUCCUCCAAGAACCUGCUUUCUUGUGAAAACAGUGACAGAGAUGGCCGCUUCCGGCGUACGGAGACCGACUUCUCCAACCUGUUUGCUCGAGAUCUGCUUCCAGCUAAGAACGGGGAGGAGCAAACUGUGCAGUUCCUACUGGAGGUGGUGGACAUACUCCUCAACUAUGUCCGCAAGACAUUCGAUCGCUCCACCAAGGUGCUGGACUUCCAUCACCCACACCAGCUGCUGGAAGGCAUGGAGGGCUUCAACUUGGAGCUCUCUGACCACCCCGAGUCCUUGGAGCAGAUCCUGGUGGACUGCAGAGACACCCUGAAGUACGGGGUCCGUACAGGUCAUCCUCGAUUUUUCAAUCAGCUCUCCACUGGAUUGGAUAUCAUUGGUUUAGCCGGCGAAUGGCUGACAUCAACUGCCAAUACCAAUAUGUUUACAUAUGAAAUUGCACCAGUGUUUGUUCUCAUGGAGCAAAUAACACUUAAGAAGAUGAGAGAGAUAGUUGGAUGGUCAAGUAAAGAUGGUGAUGGGAUAUUUUCUCCUGGGGGAGCUAUAUCCAACAUGUACAGCAUCAUGGCUGCUCGAUACAAGUACUUCCCGGAAGUUAAGACAAAGGGCAUGGCGGCGGUGCCCAAACUGGUCCUCUUCACCUCAGAACAUAGUCACUAUUCCAUAAAGAAAGCUGGGGCUGCACUUGGCUUUGGAACCGACAAUGUGAUUUUGAUAAAGUGCAAUGAAAGGGGGAAAAUAAUUCCAGCUGAUUUACAGGCAAAAAUUCUUGAAGCCAAGCAAAAGGGAUACGUUCCUCUUUAUGUCAAUGCAACUGCUGGCACAACUGUUUAUGGGGCUUUUGAUCCGAUACAGGAGAUUGCAGAUAUAUGCGAGAAAUAUAACCUCUGGCUGCACGUCGAUGCUGCCUGGGGCGGUGGGCUACUCAUGUCCAGGAAGCACCGCCAUAAGCUCAGUGGCAUAGAAAGGGCCGACUCAGUCACCUGGAACCCUCACAAGAUGAUGGGCGUGCUGUUGCAGUGCUCUGCCAUCCUCGUCAAGGAAAAGGGUAUACUCCAAGGAUGCAACCAGAUGUGUGCAGGAUACCUCUUCCAGCCAGACAAGCAGUAUGAUGUCUCCUACGACACUGGGGACAAGGCAAUUCAGUGUGGCCGCCAUGUGGACAUUUUCAAGUUCUGGCUGAUGUGGAAAGCAAAGGGGACAGUGGGAUUUGAAAAUCAGAUCAACAAAUGCUUGGAACUGGCUGAAUACCUCUAUGCUAAGAUUAAAAACAGAGAAGAAUUUGAGAUGGUUUUUGAUGGUGAGCCUGAGCAUACAAACGUCUGUUUCUGGUAUAUUCCACAAAGCCUCAGGGGCGUUCCGGAUAGCCCUGAGCGACGGGAAAAACUCCACAGGGUGGCUCCCAAAAUUAAAGCCCUGAUGAUGGAGUCUGGCACGACCAUGGUUGGCUACCAGCCUCAGGGGGACAAGGCCAACUUCUUCCGGAUGGUCAUCUCAAACCCAGCUGCUACCCAGUCUGAUAUCGACUUCCUCAUCGAGGAGAUAGAAAGACUGGGCCAGGAUCUGUAA